CUGUGAUCCGGUUUGUGGAGCUCAGAAACGAUGAGACGCACUAAAUCGACCCGAAAUUUACCGUGGGCCGAGAAUGGUUCUUGUGUUCUUUCAUAUGCUAGUUCCAGCUGUGUUGUCGCUGGUAAACAUGUUUAAAAAAGUACGCGAAGGCGAUCGAGGCGAGGCGACGCGAUGCACCAUGCAUUUGACAGCAGCCGCUCAGGAUGUUCUUUCUUGCCUGACUUUAGCGAUCGACAUGAAGUCGUUGAAAGAAAGCGCUGAAAGAGCCCUCCAUCUGCUUCUACCGCGAGUGGUAGAUGUGCUGGUGUUUGUUUUAAGUCCUAUCUCAGAUGAACUUGAAGCUCUUGAAAGAUCUGGUAUCAGUGUACCUCAGAUACCAAAAAGUGGAGUUGCCAGGAGAGCCAUUGAUGGUAAGCAAAGAAUGGUCUUAUCCAACAUUGACGAAGACGAUCCUUGUUUAGUAUUUUUACCAUCAGCUGAAACACUUGAAAGUAAUCAAAGAGUGAUAAUGUCACCACUGUACAAAGACAAUAAACUAGUUGCAUUUCUGAUGGUUGUUUGUGGAGUAGAAGAGGAUACUCUGUCCAUACUGGAUUACACACAGCAGCAGAUGCUUCUAAGUUAUUAUCAUAUAACAGAGAGGAGUAAAUAUUUUCAUGAAUUCGAAAGGCAGAAGACCUUUUUGGAUUUUUUUAGUAGAUGUUAUGAGAAAGAAGUGGGACCUUUGUCAAGCAAAAUAGGGGACUUUCUUCAAUCACAGACUAACGCAGAGAGUAGUGCCAUUCUGGUGCUAGAUAACACAGCUGGAGAACUUCACAACAAUCAAGAAUGCAGAGGAUCAAAUAGCGUGGAUAUGAAGAGAAUUGAGGUUUCUGGAAGUAUUUUUGAGGAAGUGGUCAAAUCCGGCCAAAAAUUAAAUAUUGCAGAUAUAGAAAAGAACACAAAGUACAGAUAUGACCUGCAGAGAAUAACAGAUUGCUACGUCCAAUCAAUGUUGAAUCUUGUCCUCGUGAUCAGGGAAAACGAGUUUAUCGGAGUCACAAGUAGAAGUAGAAGAACCAACCAAUCACAAGGCCAGUUCUCAAGCCAUCCAUUGGCUUACAAUCCAGUUUUCGGAGCCAUUCGCAGCAUCGAUCUAUUUUACUCCUUUGAUGAAGAAAAUGCUCAGUUUUGUUGUGAGCAUAUUGCAGGUCAAGUAGAAAACACACUAGAAUGGGAAAGAGAAAUGGUGAUAAAAAGGCAACAAAAGCAUUUAUUGAAGGUGGCGAAAAACCUGUUUACUCUCGUAGAUGAUGUUAGCGUUUUGUUGAGUGAAAUCAUGACAGAAGCUCGAAAUUUGACCAACGCGGAAAGGUGCUCUCUGUUUCUCUGGGACAAAGAAAGAGAUGAACUUGUGGCUAAGGUCUUUGAUGGAGAAAUCCCCUCAGAUGGCACAGACAACGGAAAGGAACCAGAGGUAAGUAUUCCAGUUACCCAGGGCAUCGUGGGACACGUUGCUACAACAGGAAAGAUGCUGAACAUCAAAGACGUGUACAGCCAUCCUCUGUUCUAUAAGGGGCUUGACGAGAAAACAGGCUUCAGAACAAGAAAUAUUCUCUGCUUUCCGAUAAAGGAUGAAGAAGAUGUUAUCGGAGUAGCGCAGUUGUGCAACAAGACAAAUGGUUCUUGUUUUACAAAGUUUGAUGAAGAUCUGACUAGAGCAUUUGCCAUUUAUUGUGGUGUGAGCAUUUUCCAUUCACUUCUAUAUAAAAAAGCGAAAGACGCCUCACACAGAAGUCGACUAUCGUCUGAAAUGAUGAUUUACCACAUGAAUGUCUCUCAAGCCGAAGUGGAUCCGCUUGUUAACAGGUCAAUAUGCACCACGGAUGAUAUACAUCCGCAGUUUAGCCAGUUCCCGUGUGCGCCAAGAACUAUUCUCCCGGAUAGUAUGAUUCCGGCCUGUCUUUGUAUGUUUGAGGACCUUGGAAUGAUCGAGAGAUGGAAAAUUCCGAAGGAGGUGCUAGUAAGGUUUUUGCUUAUGGUGCGGAAAGGUUACAGAAACCCUCCAUAUCACAAUUGGAUACACGCUUUCACUGUAGCACACUUCUGUUAUCUUCUUUACAAGAACGCAAAGAUUAGCAAUCGCUUCAGAGACGUUGAAAUGUUGGCAUUGUUCGUAGCUUGCCUGUGCCAUGACAUUGACCACAGAGGGACCACAAAUUCCUUCCAGGUUUCCUCAGGCUCUACGCUUGCAGCUUUGUAUAGUUCAAAGGGAUCUGUGUUGGAGAGACAUCAUUUUGCUCAGACUAUGUGCGUACUCAACUCCGAAGGAUGCAAUAUUUUCAAGAAUUUAACUGGAAAAGACUUUGAAGAAGUGUUCAGUCUUAUUCGGGAUAUUAUUCUAGCAACGGACCUUGCCCAUCACUUGAAAAUCCUACAAGACAUCAAGAACAUGGCCAAAGAUGGUUUCAAAAAAGAUUCCAAAGAUCAUCACACUCUUCUUCUUUAUCUUAUGAUGACAGCCAGCGAUUUGUCUGAUCAAACUAAGAACUGGGAAGGAACAAGAAGAACAGCGGAUCUGAUAUACACAGAAUUCUUUUCACAAGGUGACAAGGAAAAGCACAUGGGAAUUACUCCAAGCGAAAUGAUGGACAGAGAUCGAGCGUGUAUUCCAAAAUUGCAAAUCGAUUUCUUAGAUGCAAUAGCACUUCCAGUAUACAGGCUGUUGUCCUCUCUGCUCCCGGAGACUCAAGUCGUUUUAGACACAGUUUUGACCAACAGAGAGAAAUGGCAAAAGGCCCAGGAAGAUGGCGACUACGUGUACAGACCUGUGGCUACUACUGACAAAGAAAUCAAUGGGAAUGUGCCUCUAUCGCCUUUAUCAUAACGACGCUGUAACUCGCUCUUCCGUUUAAGCAAUCGCAAUAAAAAUUGCGGUAGGAAGCCACAAUACGACAAACUGCUGGGACGUCCUGGUUGCCACGCUUAAACUCGAUAACAUACGGUUUUUUUUUUUUGUUUUUUUUUUGCGUGAAGAGCGAGUUGAAACUUUGCCUUGAAGAGUUGGCUAAUUGGGGUAUCUGGCACAUCAGUGUCCCUGGAUAGUUACAGCGUUGAUGUAUUGCGUACAUUGAUAAAUGUUAUUUAAUAAUCAAUUUCUCCAAGAGGCAGGGGAAAUAACAGGUUCAAAUGCCCUGGUUAGCUUUUAGUGAUAACUCAGAUCUGUGCUCGAAUUUGAAUCACUAGGUAUUGGAAGGCUAUGCUAUCAGAUAUCAACGAUACCCAGGCAAAGCAAUAGAUACGAAAAGUAAUGGCCUCUGGUACCCGA